CUAACUUAAAUAGUCGGAGCGCAGUUGAAUGCGCCGCGUGUGUUGCGUCACUCAGAGGAGAACAGCUGAUACCUCAGUAAAAAACCAUCGACAAACAGAUAACGGACCACUGUCAACCGUGUUUGUAAGGUUUAAGAUUAUCAUUCCAUUGACAACCCUUAACUAAUCAAACAUGGGAAAGGAAUUCAAAGGCACAGUUAAAGAUUACCCUGACUUUGAUGCAAACAGUGAUGCAGAGUCUCUGUAUAAUGCCAUGAAAGGUUUUGGAAGUGACAAGCAGACCAUCUUAGACUUGAUUACAUCACGCAGCAACGCUCAGAGACAGGAGAUCCGCAGUGCUUACAAAUCCCUCUAUGGCCAGGAUUUAAUAGAUGACCUGAAAUAUGAGCUGACGGGGAAGUUUGAACGUCUGAUUAUUGGUCUGAUGAGACCUCCAGCCUAUCAUGAUGCCAAAGAAAUAAAGGAUGCCAUUAAGGGAGCAGGAACAGAUGAAAAGUGUUUAAUUGAAAUUCUUGCUUCAAGAACUAAUCAACAGAUUCAUGAUCUGGUGGCAGCGUAUAAAGACGCUUAUAGCAGAGACCUCGAAGAGGACGUUAUAGGAGACACAUCUGGACAUUUUAAGAAGAUGCUGGUUGUUUUACUUCAGGGGAGCAGAGAGGAAGAUGAUGUUGUUAGUGAAGAUCUCGUGCAGCAGGAUGCUCAGGACCUGUAUGAUGCAGGGGAGGCACAAUGGGGCACAGAUGAAGCCCAAUUCAUCAUGUUGCUGGGAAACCGGAGUGUGACGCACUUACAGUGUGUAUUUGAUGAAUAUCAGAAAAUCGCUGAGAAGUCAAUUGAGGACAGUAUUAAGAGUGAGCUGUCAGGAGACUUUGAAAGACUGAUGCUCGCUGUCGUUCAUUGUAUCAGGAGUAAACCCAUGUUUUUCGCCCAACGCCUUUACAAAUCCAUGAAGGGUCUGGGUACAGCUGAUAACACACUGAUUCGUAUUAUGGUGUCUCGCUGUGAGAUCGAUAUGUUGGACAUCAGGGAAUGUUUCCGGCUUCGCUAUGAGAAAUCUCUGUACAACAUGAUUCAGGAUGACACAUCUGGAGAAUACAAACAGACACUCCUGAAGCUGUGUGGUGGAGAUGAUGAUAUUGCAGGAGAAUUUUUCCCUGAGGCAGCACAGAUCGCUUACAAGAUGUGGGAGAUCAGUGCCAGCACCAAGAUCCAGUUAAGGGGAACAGUGAAACCAUGUUCAAAUUUCGACCCAGCAAGUGAUGCCAAAGCUCUGAGAAAAGCAAUGAAGGGUUUUGGCACGGAUGAAGACGCCAUCAUUGAAAUUGUGACAAAAAGAAGCAAUAAACAGAGACAGGAGAUAAGAAAAACAUUUAAAUCUCUUUUAGGAAGGGAUCUCAUGGCUGACCUAAAAUCUGAACUGUCCAAAAACCUGGAGAGGCUCAUCCUCGGCCUGAUGAUGACUCCAGCAGAGUUUGAUGCUAAAAUGAUGAAGAAAGCCAUAGAGGGUGCAGGCACAGAUGAACAUGCACUGAUUGAGAUCUUGGUCACGAGGAGCAACGAGGAGAUUCAGGAUAUGUGUUCAGCCUUUCAGAGCGCAUAUAAGACAAGUUUGGAGGACGCCAUCGCAUCUGACACGUCUGGACAUUUCAAGCGGGCUCUGAUCUCUUUGGCGCAGGGAGCUCGUGAGGAGGGUCCAGAGGACAGAGACAAAGUCUUAGAAGAUGCCCAGGGAUUGGCAGACGCGUGUAACGCAGAGUCGGAUGACAUGCAGGAUAAGAUCAUGAGUAUUCUGUGCACGAGGAGUUUUCCUCACCUGAGGAGAGUUUUCCAGGAAUUUGUGAGGUGCAGCAACAAAGACAUUGAACAGAUCAUAAAGAAGGAGUUGUCAGGGGAUUUUAAAAAUGCAAUGUUUGCUAUUGUGAGGAGUGUGAAGAACAGACCUUCUUAUUUUGCUGACCGAUUGUACAAAGCCAUGAAGGGCCUGGGAACGGACGACAGGGCUCUCAUCCGCAUUAUGGUGUCCCGCUCUGAGAUCGACCUCUUCAACAUCCGCAAAGAGUUUAAGGAGACGCACGACGCCACUUUGCACGAAUUCAUCCAGGUAGAGGCCUUCGUUGGUGACACAUCAGGAGAUUAUCGUAAAACUCUUCUGAUACUCUGUGGAGGUGAAGACUAAAACUCUGUCAUACUCUGUAUAUUCAUGUGUUGUGUUGUUUAUGAGGUGAAAUCAUCUCUGUGCCCUCUGCCUCUAUGUUUAUGCCAAAGCUAUUGACCUUUGACCUAUGCAAAAGCCACACUAUGUUCCAUGUUCUGCAGUCGUGCAUGAUACGUACGUUUUUUUUGUUUGUUUUUUACAGUUUGAAGCCCUAUUUGUGGUGUUAACUUACUAUAAGUGCUUUAUUUUACAGUAUUUAAGCCAAAGUUGAUCACCUAAGAAAUGAAAGUAGUGAUCUUAUUUGAGUUGUGUGUUUGGGUAAAUGUGGUCAAUCUGGCAUUAUUAAAAAUGAUGAACCUCUACAGUCCAAUAUUUGACUCACCAGGGGAUAUUUCUCACAUCCUUAUUUUAUUUAUCAUCGGUCUAGCGGGUCGAUUCACUCAGAUCAGUCAUUAACUCUACUAACAUUACACACAACAGAUAAGGAAAUUCCCUCCUGUUGCAAUCAAUGUCAUUCUGUUCUCAAUAGGAAAUGUCUUGUUGUAAAUUAUACAGAUAGGAAAUGUGAUAUUUGAUGUUCUUGGUUAAUAAAAGAUAAUGUUUGUUUUUUAAAGCUAACCCUGCAUGAGAAAAACAUCAUAAUAAUAAUGAUGAUGAUGAUGAAGAGCGAGAGAGAAUAAAACCUCACAUUACUGCAGCCCUUAGUUCGGUGAACACCCUGAUGUUUGACUUCAUUGCUUUUAUUGGAUUAAACUGCACACCACACCUUCAGUAAACAUCAUGCCAUCGAAGAGUUAAUCUCUUGUGCUUCACACCAAAUUCAAUCGUUCUCAGUUUGCAGAGAGUCAUGAUAUCGAUGAAUUCGCAACUCAUGAGUAGUUUUUAUUAUAUAAAAGUCACACUAUCAAUUUAGUAUUUUGUCUUCUGCAGAUGUGUUUAUGCGUGCGCACUAUAUAUACUUGCUUAUAUGUGUGCGUAAAUGCAUUUAUGUGUGUGUGUGUGUGUGUGUGUAUGCAAGAGUAUUUGUGAGCGCAGCUGUUGUCAAGCCAUCUUUAGUUAAAAGAGGAAAGAAAAAAAGCUUGUGGGGUUAGGAAAUCCCCUGCUGUAGACCAACAUCUCAGGCACCAUCGAUGAUGAUGUCUACAUGAGCAAAAACAAUGUUCAAUUUUCAUCACAACACUGAAGUGAUGCUAUUUGCAGCAUGCAUGCCAGUGCGGAUUUGCAAAAGCAAAGAGAAAACUGUGCUUGCUGGUGCUUUAAUGCCAUACAUGUAGAUGUUAACCCUAACUCUAUAUAUGUGCAGUUUCUGCAGGAGUGCAUGCAGUCUGGCAUUUAAGAUCAUCGGCAAUAGCUUUUAGCCCAGUGUAUUCUAACUAGUCUUAUAAUCUGUUGCUAUCAAUUUAUUUACAUUUCUAAGUUUGUUUUUGUGUUUUAGUUGUGACAAAAACUGGGUUUGGUAUUUUUAUGUGUUUAUAUAUUAAAAUGUACAUUAUAUGUGCAAAUACACAUGAACUGAUCAUUA